UUUUUUUUUGUUGUUUUUUUUUUAAAAUGUUUAUAUAUACUGUGUGUGUGUAUAUACAUACACACUAAUUAUACAGAAUAAUAAUUCUAUAUUAUAAGCUAAUUAUAUAAACUGUCUCAAUAAUGCAACAGUCAUAAAUCUCGAUCAAAAUUUGUACUAAAUAAAUAGGGUGCCUAAGACUCUUGUAUACACAGAGAAGUAUAUUGCUGCAAGUAUUUCGUGUACCAGCAAAAAAAAAAAAAAUACUGGAUUGGAUAUCAGAGUAUUGGAUAUCAGAUAAUGAUGAGUUUUUACUCCUCACGUAUACAUUACAGCACAGUGACAUUCUUUUUUUCUUUGCAUAUCCCAGCAUGUUAGGAAGAUGAGGUCAGAGUGCAGGGUCAGCCAUGCUACAGCGCCCCUGGAGCAGAGAGGGGUUUAAGGGCCUUGCUCAAGGGCCCAACAGUGGCAGCUUGAACCCUCGACCUUCCAGUCAGUCACCGGUAUCCUAAUAAAUAGAACAGAAAUUUAUUUUUGUUUGUGAAUAUUUACACACACGGACUUGGCUGGGUUUUUUUCUUUUGUUAUUAAGAUUUUAUCAUAUUUAUUCUUGAUUAUAUUUACAAAUUAUUUUUGUGUGAGGUGCUUCAGUUUUUUCUUUAAAAAAAUCAUUUUAAAACGUAGUAGAUUUUAAAUAAAAAAAUAUCGGAUAUCGGAAAAGAAAAAUUGCCAUAUCAUGCCAUCUCAAUAUUGAUGAUAAUAAUAAUAAUCACUUUGCGUCCAGCUCAACUGCCAUAAAAUAGGAAUGAAUGAAUCAUUUCCGGUUGUAUUUCAGACAAGAAAACUAUACAUUUUAUUUGUUUGGGUGCAAGUUCUCCGUUUGUUUACUAAUUCGCGCUCAGCUCAGGAUUGAAGUGGACAUACCGCUAAAACUUCCGGGUUUGUUUAAGCCACGCCUCUUUAUGUAAAUGAGGACGUGACGUUGAGCACGUGACUCGAACGAGUAUAAAUGCCGCCGUAAAUAUCCAUCAUGUAGACUUUGUUUAUUUGCUUUCAUUUUCACUUUUGUAGUCUCAGCAUGACGAGCUGUCACUCAGCCCGGACACUUGUGUGUUUUAUUCUGUAUUUUAUUAUUCACUGCUCUAUUCUGUCCGGUCACGCGGACGCCGCUCCCAGCGCUGUGGAGGAGAGCGUGAACACCAGAGUCCACGCGCGAGAGCGGUCCGGUUUACCCGGGUUUGACCCGGGAGAUCCUGCUCCACAUUUCCGGGUUCAAACCCUAGACGGGGAGUUUGUUUAUCCUCUCAAGGAGGCGUCCAACUCCUCCGUGAUCAUCCACGCGUUUACGAAUAAAUCCGCUUUCCUGGAGUGUCUCUGGACGUCCAACUCCUCCGUGUCCGAUCUGAUUGAGUUCCUUCCGGUCGGUGCUGAAAUCCUCUUCCUGUCUCUGGAUGAUUCCGCGGCUCAGGAUGUGCUGUGGAUGAGAGAGCAGGUUUACAGGGUCGCCGCCGCCGCAGCGCACAGGGGUAAGGAAAUUUUAUCCAGGCUUCAUUUCUCCCCCAUCCCCGUCUACGCCUUGGGGAACUGGAUACCCAGAGUGCUCUACUCGUGGGGAUGCGGCGGACACAACUGCGGGUUGGCACAAGCGGUGUUCACCGGUCCAGAAUGGAAAGUUCCGGUGAUCACGAAGUGCCUGAACGCCAGGUACGACUGGCUGAAUGGCCGCUGGGAAAAUAAGCAGUACGUCGUGGUCGGGGCGGGUGACGGCUGCGAGCCCUUUCCUGCGGCCGCCGGAGCCGUGGCCUGGGUUUCUGAAAGCGGCUGCUCGUUUUUCACUAAGAUUAAAGCCAUGGCAGAUUCCAAAGCAGUAGGUGUGCUGGUUCACGCGUUACCUGGCAACCCGAUCCAGGACAUGAACUGUGCUGGAGAUGAGUGUAACACCACCCUGAACAUUCCUGCUGCCAUGCUGCACUUCGAGCCUGCUGUGGCUCAGGCGCUAUCAUCAGGGAAGCCGGUGAACGUCACGUUCCAGCUCACUCCAUCACCCAACUUUUUUAUUGCGAUUGACCAGCAGGGGGCGCUGUCGGAAAUGGGCUGGUUCCUGUAUCCUUCAUUCCGGUUCUUAAGCUGGCAGGCAGAGUGGUUUGACUUCAACGCCGCCUUGCUGGCUCGUGUUAAACGUCCUGCGGCUGUCGUUCCUGUGUUUAAUCACACGCUGAUGCAGGGACAGGCAGGAGCUCGGGCCCUGGUGAAGCUUCCCAGAGACUUGUUGGGGUUUGACGUGCUGGAGCUGGACGCGGCGUUGUCCUGCCCGGGCCGCAGGGACGAGACGUGCGCUCACUGGGAUCACACGGUGCAGCUGUUCAUCUGCUGCGAUCAGUUCGGUCCUUACUGUAACAUGGAGCUCGGCCGCUGGAUCACCGCCUUCCGCAGAGGAACGGGCCGCUGGCUGACGGACGUGUCUCCGCUCCUCCCUCUGCUGAACAGCGAGCGCUGUGAUCUGGUCAUGAAGACGCCGCCCUGGGCCAUGCCCUGGAUCACAUCCCUCAACUUGCGCUUCAGCCACAGCGAGCGCUCGGGAAAAUCCCCUGAGAAGCUUUACCCCUUCAAGCUGACGUUUCUGUACAAGGGCGGGACCUUCGACAGGGAUUACAACUCCAGAUUUAAGGAGAUCAUGUUCACGGUCCCACCUUCAACGAAAAAGGUGGAGCUGUACGCCGUGAUCACAGGCCACGGCAGCGAUGAUAACAACUGCGGCGAAUUCUGCGUGACGUCGCACUUCUUCCUCGUCAACGCCGCCCACAACAAUUCACUCACCUUCGACUCCGCUGAUUUGCCCCUGGGCUGCGCCAUGCGAGUGCGUGAGGGGGCGGUGCCUAACGAACACGGCACGUGGCUGUACGGUCGCGCCGGGUGGUGUGACGGACUGCAGGUGGACCCAUGGAGGAUCGAUCUCACGCCGCAGCUUGACCUGAACGGGUCCAACACAAUCCACUACUUUGGACUCUACGACGGACGUAACCCCAAUCCAUCCAGAGACCCGGGUUACAUCAUCAUGUACUCGUAUCUCAUUUUUUAUAAGUGAUUCCCGAGAAUGAAUUCAAUGUGAAAUGAUUGGUUGUACGUUUUUAAAUCAUGAUUAAAACAUAUAUUUAUUUAUUUAUUUAUUUAUUUGAAUCUUUCAUUUUUGGCUAGUAACCAAUAUUUACCAUAAGCUACAGUUAAAAUAAAUAUAGCCAGUUAACACGAGCAAACUUAUCUCAACAUGCUUUUAGAUGGAGUCCAUGCCUUUAAGGGUUAUAAUAAGAAUGUACAAAUACGUGUACAAGUAUUUUCCACCUCUGAAUUUGCAUAAAUAUAUUUUUUCCUAUAUGCAUCAUGUACAAUGGAUAUAAAAAGUCUACACACCCAUGUUAAAUGGCAGGUUUUUGUGAUGGGGGGCGGGAUGAAUCGAAGAUAAAUCAUGUUAGAACAUUUUCCACCCUAAAUGUGAAAUUACAACGUAUAAAAAUUAAGUGAAAAACAAGUUACAAUAACCUGGUUGCAUGCAGUACACGUGCACACCCUUUUAUAACUGGGGGCGUGGCUGCGCUCGGAACGAACCAAUCA